CUGAGGGAUGUCCAGACACUCACCACGCCACGUCCGUGUGUCAUCAUAAUCAAGUGAUCAAUCAGUUGGGCGUGCAAUCCAUCCAUCCAUCUCACACUCUGUAUGUACAUACAGACAGCUACGGCCAUGCAGCGAUCACCGGACACCACAAGCACAGGCCGGCCGGUCCUGGUUGGCUGCCUGCCUAAGGCUCUAAGUUGAUUUGUUGUCCGAAUCUGGCGUACAGCGUGGCCUUGAGUUGGUCCAUCUGCUCGCGUAGCCGGUCGCUCUCCGCCCUGAGGUGCUCCAGCUCGGCACUCAGCCUGCCCUUCUCACACUCUAUGUGCUCGCUUAUCGCAUCCUCGGGCAAACGAAUGAAACACUCACCUACACGAAGCCUGAGGGGAGCACACAAGGACCUUCCUGAUUUAUGCUGUCAUGAGUGUCGUGUGUGUGUGUGUGUGUGUGUGUGUGGUGUGUGUCUGUACAUGAGUGCGUCGGCCUCCAUGGUGAUCAUGGCCUCUUCAGAGGCAUCCUCCAGGUCCUGCAGCGACUUCUACACUCACACGCAAACCCAUCAAUACACAUGGCACGGCAUAUGGCUGCACUCGUGGGCGACUUCAUUGCAGGUCGGGCAGCCCUCACCUUCUUGGCCUCAAUUUUCGCCAGCAACUCGUUGUUCUGCCGACACACAGACGAAACACACAGAUGACACCGACAGUAUGCAUGUGGUUUAUCUGUCUGCAGACGUGUGAUUACAUCCUUACUUACAUGUAUAUUCGCUUUGUUGAAGGUGUUGAUGCGGUCCUGGUCCUCGGCAGAAACCGCCUCUUCACUCAUCGUCAGGCUGCAGGGAGGGUGGGCUGAGUUCUGAAAAAGCAUGCAACCACAUUGCAGGGGGUGAGGGAUAUCUGUGUGGCAGCCAUCUUGCCUCGCGCUGAUUUCUCCCUUCGAUCCUUAUUUUGCAAUGCGAGCUUGGCUUGCAAAGGAAAGGCAU